GUGGGUUUAGUCUUUAUCCUGUCCGUCAAAGCCGAACGACUGACCGAAGCAGCGAUAAACUUUGGCAGAAUAUGAGGAAUACGACGGACUUUCAUUAAGUCACGUUUCAGCUCCAGAAUUGAAAUAACACUCAGGCACCGACCUUUUAUUUAUUUGGGAAUUUAUUUUUCUCGCUUCUCCUCAUCCCGAGCAACUCUCCAUUCUUUUCAUCGCAAUCACUUCAAUAUGGAACCUAGAACGAAACUCUCGGGUUUGGGACUUCUAGCUUGUGUGGUCUUAUUGUCCAUGUUCUAUCUUUCAUCAAGCUAUACCCAAGUUGUUCGAAAUAUACCCUCUGAAUACGUCCAGGAAGAACAACUUCCAAUAGUCAAUCAAUCUGAUCUUAUUCUGAAGCAAACCUUUCCCGAGCCAGAGGAAAACUUCAUGAACAAGAUCCGAGAUCAGUUGUCACAGGACAACAUCCUUGUUAUCGCCACUGCCAACUAUGGUAUGCGGGAUUACGUCUACAAUUGGAUCAUAUCUUUGGAGAAAACUGGUCAUGAGAAGUAUGUGGUGUUUUGCAUCGACGAUGACCUUUACAACCAUCUCGAAGCCAGCGGCUACGGCAACCAUGCGUCGAAGAUUCCAUACGAAUGGUUCCACAAACCUAUUGAAGCAACUUUCUCAGACUAUUACUCACCAACCUAUGCAGCCAUCACCCACGCCAAAACUUUAGUGGUCCAGCGAUUGCUUUACUUUGGAUUCACUGUCUUUUUCUCAGACGUCGAUAUCGUAUGGCUUCAGCCACAUGUGGUUGACUUUUUGGCUGGCCGACUGAGCGUGCGUCAAGAGUCCCAUGUGUUGUUUCAACAAGAAGGAUAUGAUCAAACCAACAUCAACAGUGGAUUUUAUAUCAUGCGGCCCGAAUAUUCAAUGAAGAAGCUACUAGCAGACACCAUUGAGCUUCAGGAUACGGGUGAAUAUACACAACAAGGCGCCAUGAACAAGGCGUUGUAUAAUCUUGAUAUGGAUAUGCGCACUUCCCCUGUGGUUUUAUUGGAUCUGUUCCUAUUCCCCAAUGGAUUCGCCUACUUUCAAAACGAUGUACCGCAGCGAUGGGGUGUCCAACCCUACAUUGCUCACGCAAACUACCUGGUAAUUAAUUAUUUAUUUUUUUGGGUGGUGACACCGGUACCACAACUGCUGCUGCUGGUUAUUUUUGGGACUAACUGCUUAUUCUUAUUUAGGUUGCUGACGAAAAGCGUGAUGCGUUGCGACAACAUGGAUUGUGGUAUGUCAACCAGACCAUGGUAGAGACAGCCGAUGCCGCAGUGAGCCAGCUACAUAAGGAGCAGGAGGAAGGGGACGAAAAAGUGAAAUGAGCCAGAAAACACUUUGUAUAAUUGUCACAGUGUAUUGUAAAUACCUAUUCAUCGUAAUGUAACUAGCUUUAUUUCUCUUCCAGUUAAUGUGUUGCUCUUUCCAUUUAAUAUUACACCAUAGAACCCACGUCUAUAAACUAUGUAUCCCAUUUGACUUUUUGUUUUCGCCUGUGUUUUGGCAGUGAAUGUUAGUCCGGGCCUAUAUUGACAAAAAAAAAAAAAGAACUGUGGCCGCUGUGACACCA